ACUAGACUGGACUUUUGUCACACACAAGAUAAACGAAUAUCGACCAGAUUAAUCAAAAAAUUGCACAAGUAUGAAGAAGACGAAGAUUUACAUCGUCCUCUGCCUUGCACUCUCUGUCCUAACUAUUCAACUCAUCAAUGUCUCAUCCGCAGCAACGCCUCCUCCUCCAAAUAGUAAUUCUUGUAACAGAGUCUGUGGAGGAAUCUCAAUUCCGUUCCCAUUCGGCGUUGGAAAGGAUUGUUAUCUCAACGGUUGGUACGAGGUUGCGUGCAAGUACGCAACCUCUUCCGGGUUCUCCGGCACAACUGUCCCGUUCCUCCAACGGAUCAACAGGGAAGUUGUGAACAUCUCUCUUCCGGAUGGUAAUAAACCAUACGGAGUCGUUCACAUCAAAGGUCCACUGACUUCAUUGGGUUGCUCUGUUAGUAGUAGUCAAGGACUCGAAAAGUCAACGCCGGAUUUGAACGUCACGGGCAAGGGCAGCCCAUAUUUCUUCACAGACGAGAACCGUCUCUUCGCGGUUGGUUGCGGUUUAAAGGCUUUGAUGACGGAUAUUGAAUCAGAGAUUUUGGGUUGUGAAUCCAGCUGCCAAGAUAGCGAGAGUAGUGAAGAGGUAACCAACUCCUUAUGUGGCGGUUACAAAUGCUGCCAGGCGAGGGUACCUUCUGAGCGUCCUCAGGUUAUAGGUAUCAAUAUAGAAAACACUAGUGGCACAAGACAAGAAGGGUGCAGUGUUGCAUUCUUGACUAACAAGAGAUAUGCGCCGAUGAAUGUUUCCGAGCCAGAGCAAUUCCAUUCUGGUGGCUAUGCGGUGGUAGAGCUAGGUUGGUACUUUGACACUUCGGAUUCUCACUUUAGGAGCCCCUUGGGCUGUAAGAAUAUGACACGUUACAGUUCUUACAGCUCCUUCGAUAAAUGUAGUUGUGAGUAUGAUUACUUUUAUGGGAUGAGUUAUAGGAUUUGCUAUUGCAACUGGGGAUACACAGGGAACCCAUACCUUCCACAUGGCUGUAUAGAUGUAGACGAAUGCAAAGGACACAACAAUUGUGGAGAAAUGACUUGUGUGAACUUGCCUGGAAGCUAUAGCUGCUCGCCAAAAAUAACCAAGCCAGAAAAAGCCUCCGUGCUUCAAGGCGUUCUUAUAGGUCUAGGAGUGCUGUUUUUUGUCAUCGGAAUCUUUGGGCUGUAUAAAUUCACCAAGAAGCGAAGGAAGGUCAUCCGCAGCAAGAACUUCUUUAAACGUAAUGGUGGCUUGCUGUUGCAACAACAACUAACUACUUCAAAGGAUGGAAAUGUUGAGAUAUCAAGGAUAUUUAGCUCAAAAGAAUUAAAGAAAGCUACUGAUAAUUUCAACAUGAACAGAGUGCUUGGGCAAGGCGGUCAAGGAACUGUGUUUAAGGGAAUGCUAGUAGAUGGGAGAAUCGUUGCGGUUAAGAGAUCGGAAGUUGUGUGUAAGGACAAGAUGGAAGAGUUUAUCAAUGAAGUCGUCCUUCUCUCUCAUAUUAACCAUAGGAACAUUGUGAAACUCUUGGGAUGUUGUCUAGAGACUGAGGUUCCAAUCUUGGUUUACGAAUAUAUUCCCAAUGGAGAUCUGUUCAAGCGUCUUCAUGACAAAUCCGAAGCCAUUGAAUACAUGAUGACUUGGGAAGUGCGUCUUCGUAUAGCCAUUGAGAUCGCAGGAGCUCUUUCAUACAUGCACUCAGCUGCCUCAUUUCCAAUAUACCAUAGAGAUAUCAAGACUACUAAUAUACUACUAGAUGAAAAAUACCAAGCCAAAAUAUCUGAUUUCGGAACUUCAAGAUCCAUAACCAUUGAUCAGACUCAUUUGACAACAUUGGUUGCAGGCACUUUUGGGUACAUGGAUCCAGAGUACUUUUUAUCAAGCCAGUAUACUGACAAGAGCGAUGUUUACAGUUUCGGGGUUGUCCUGGUGGAGCUCAUAACAGGAGAAAAACCGCUGUCCCGAAGCCGGUGUGAAGAAGGAAGAGGAUUGGCAACUGAUUUUCUUGACGCCGUGAAAGAAAACAGAGUAGUUGACAUCAUUGAUGAUCGGAUCAAAGACGAAACCAAGCUGGACCAAGUCAUGGCAGUAGCAAAACUCGCUCGAAAGUGUCUCAGCAGGAAAGGGAGGAAGCGGCCAAACAUGAGAGAGGUUUCACUUCAGCUGGAGAGGAUCCGCUCUUCAUCACCUAAAGAUUUGGAGGUCCAUAUUUACAAUGAUGCUGAAGAGGACCAAGCCAUGGAAAUCAACAGAAGAUGAUUCAAAGGGCGUGUACAGGAUGGGAGUCUGUAUCUUUGGAUAUAAGAAGUUGAGUCAUAAGGGCAUAGAAACACUUACACACGUGCAUAUUCUGUAAGCAAGCAAUGAUUAAAUCAAAGAUACGCUGUAACUAAAGCACAUGAGGUUUCUCGGUCUGGGAAAGCAACUAUAUGCGCUAUAGUGAGACUCUCAUGUGCAAAAAAUAAGAGAGCAAUCAGCACAAUAGCUUACCUCUAAAUAAUGUAGGAUUCAGCUAAAACCUUUAUUAAGACACAUCGUCUAGAAAAAUUUCUAUCUAUGAAAUUUUUUCCA